ACGCUUGCUCUCCGUUACAACAAUAAAAACACAACAAAAGCAAUUUAAGCUCUCACUACACUAAACACUUUAGAUCUAUACGAUCUGAAUACUCAAUUAGCUUAAAAUCUAGCAAAAUGCAAGCCUCUGUAUACAUUAUCACUGUGAUAUUCGUAAUAAUAGCUAACAAUGCGCCUCAAAUAAAUGCUCUACUGCGUCGCUGCUAUCAAUGCCGUUCCCGUGGAGAGCUGGGCAGCUGUAAGGAUCCAUUCAGCUUUAACGCUACCGACGUGGACAGGGAGCCAGGCCUAUCCGCCAUACCAUGUGCCAGCGGCUGGUGUGGCAAAGUGAUCGAGGGCGGCGGUACCUAUGCGCUCGAUGACUACGAUCUGGCCAUACAGCGCAUGUGUGUGCAGCGCGGACCCGACGACAAUAUGGAUCGGUGCGCGGACACAAUCUACAAUUAUAAGAAGGUCUUUAUGUGCUUCUGCCAGGGUGAUCUGUGCAACGGCAGCAACAGCCGUUGGCGGCAGCCGCUUCCAAUGCUGCCUUUGGCCAUAUUGGCAUGCACAAUUCUCAAUAGAAUGUAGAUGUAUUUGUAAUGUUUAGCAUUGAUUUAACGAACAUGGCAAUUAAAUUGAGCAACCGUUCCCAAACGAGUUCAGCCCGGAAAUCGUGAGCUAUACAAAA